UCACCUGCAUGACAGGCAAGAAUACUCACUACUAUACUGCAACACGAGUUGCUUUGAAAAUAGAAGAUUCAUGCAGAAUGAACUAAAGCAAUGGUGAGAUUUUGUUGUGUAUGUGAGCAGAGGAAAGGAACUCUGCUAAGGUAGGUUGUGCUUGCAUAUUGGUCAGUGGGCUUUGGAGGAAAAAUUAAUGACUCGUUUUGUUUAUGGUGAGGCCCAUAGGAUCAGCCAAACAGAUAUGCAUAGUAGGGUUUAAUAGAAUGAAUUGAGUUAUAGAGGGCAAGAAAUUCGUUGAGGUAGCCGUUUAUAUGAACUCUGCUAAGGAAUUGAUAUGAAUUCCCAAAUGGCGUUCACGCAGAGUUGUAAAUCUCCCAUGGCUCGCUUUGCUUCAGAUUCCUUCACCCUCCACAGAAUCCCGCUCUCCUUUCGGAUUCCUCAGCCUCUCCUUAAACCCAUAGCCGCCGGAUUUCGAACUUCCCGCCGGAAAUUUUCAGGCAUAGUCUGCCAAACGCUUCCUAAUCCCGCCGACACUUCUUCCGAUGCGGAAAAAUCAUCGGACGGUCCUGAAUCAGUCGGUGACAGCACUGGCCAAACCGCUAGCUCUUCCAGUAAUCAGGGUUUCCCAGAAUUUCCCGAUAAAAAUAUCAAUAGACGGGUUGCAAUCAUUUCUACCGUUUCAGCUCUGGCACUUUUCUUGUCAGCUCGAUUGGAUUUUGGAGUUUCUUUGAAGGACUUGGCUGCGGCGGCUUUGCCUUAUGAAGAGGCUCUCUCAAAUGGGAAGCCCACUGUGGUGGAGUUCUACGCAGAUUGGUGUGAAGUUUGCAGGGAAUUGGCUCCAGAUGUAUACAAAGUGGAGCAACAGUUCAAGGACCGUGUGAAUUUUGUUAUGCUGAAUGUUGACAAUACAAAGUGGGAGCAGGAGCUUGAUGAGUUUGGUGUUGAGGGUAUUCCACAUUUUGCUUUUUUAGACAAACAGGGGAAUGAAGAGGGUAAUGUAGUUGGCCGACUUCCAAGACAAUAUCUGCUCGAGAAUGUCGAUGCUCUUGCUCGUGGAGAAGCGUCGAUACCUCAUGCUCGUGUUGUUGGACAGUUUUCAAGUGCUGAAGCAAGGAAAGUGCACCAAAUUUCUGAUCCAAGAAGUCAUGGGUAGAUUCUCCUCCUUUCUCUGCAUUAGGGUUAAGUGUCAAUUCAAAUACUCUCUGGUUCAUCUUGUGCCAUAUAUCCAAUGGUUUGUUUUAUUAUGGACAUAAUUUCUCCUCUUGAUGGUAAAUAAGUCUUUAUUUCUACUCUUCA